UGUCUGUGCUGCUGCCUGUGCUGCUGCUGCUUGCUGCCUGUGCUGCUGCUGCUGCUAGUGUGGGUGCAAUGGAUGGCCCACGGUGCAAUGGGUUUCGCAAGAAGAGGAGAUCCAAAUCCCAAAGGGAUAGGGAGGUGAGGUCCAACGGAGGAUUAGGGGUUGCCAGGACUGGUUCUUUGAUUUCUUCUUCUGGAUCUGAAAGAGAAGACAAUGGGAACCCGGCUGCUUCUUCCUUGUCCAGACCAAAGCCCCCCAGGAGAAAAAGGAAAGAGUCCUCUUCGGCUGAAGAAGACAUCAUUGAUGGAUUUGCAAUGGCCAGCUUUGUGACUUUUGAGGCGCUGGAGAAAGAAGGUGCCUUGAUGCCGGAUGAGCGAGAAGCCAAGCAGCAGACUCCUCUCAAUAAAAAGAAGAGGGAGAUUUUAAGCAACGGACUGUCUUAUAAACUGCAAAAGAACAACAAGUAUAAUCACCACUAUGGCUCAGACAGGGAAAAUGACCGUAACCUCUGCCAAAAGCUGGGAAAGAAAAGGUUUCAGAAGAGGCUCAACCAGCUGAAACCACUACAGAACAACCACAGAGACAGUGACAGCGAAAGUCCAAACAGAGACUCAAAACCUUCGCAAAGAGGCACUUCACAUGAGCGACUAAGUGAUAGCUCAGCUGCCUCCAGCCUGGGAACUGGAUACUUUUGUGACAGUGACAGUGACCAAGAAGAAAAGGUUUCGGAUGCCAGUUCAGAAAAAUUCUUCAGCACCAUCCCAAAAAAUGAUUCCGAGCUGGGUGUCAGUUUACUGACAACAAACAGCAGCAAAGAUGCUUCAGAUCCAAUUCUACCCAAAGUGUCGGGACUAGAGAGAAGUCAAGAGAAGAGCCAAGAGAGCACCCAGGAGUUGCAGUUUGACACGGUGGUGUGUAAUGAACUGUGCCCACCAUCUCUACCUGCAGUGCAACCUGAAAUAGAAACACAACCGUGUCUCUCAUCUCCUGGACCAGUUGUAAUUUCCCUUUCAGAGACACCAACACAAACACAGCCGGAGCCUCCUCAGCUUCCUCAUGCUCCUCUAGAGCAAGAAGCACCAUUGCCACCUCAGCCACAAGUGCAGCUGCCACCAAAGGCUCAGCCACUUCCUCAACCACCUAUUCAGCCAAGCUCUCCAGCAGUUCAGACACGACCUCCUUCCCAGUCAUUGCCCCAAAAUGUGUGCAGCUACAACAGCAGCAGCCUGAGUGUGAACAGUUUAAGCAGCAGCAGAAGUAGCACUCCUGCCAAAAGUCAAGUGCCACCGUCUCACCUGUCUCAUCAUCCUUCAGCUUCUCCGUAUCCUCUGUCUUUACCAAGCCGCAGUCCCUUACAUAGCUUUACACCCACCAUCCAACCUCCGCAACACCAGCACCACCCAAAUAUGUUUGCCCCACCCGCUGCUUUACCUCCUCCACCACCACUGACUUCAGGGACCCUUCAAGUUCAAGGACACCCAGCUAAUAGCACUUACUCAGAACAAGACCUUCUCAGACAGGAACUGAACACACGGUUUUUGGCUUCACAGAGUGCAGAUCGUGGAGCAUCAUUAGGCCCGCCACCCUACCUAAGGACAGAGUUUCACCAACACCAGCAUCAGCAUCAGCACCAGCACCAGCACACUCAUCAGCAUACACACCAGCACACCUUUACACCUUUUCCGCAUGCCAUCCCGCCAACUGCCAUCAUGCCAACUCCAGCACCGCCCAUGUUUGACAAAUACCCUACAAAAGUUGACCCCUUCUACCGUCACAGUUUAUUUCAUUCAUACCCUCCAGCUGUAUCUGGCAUUCCUCCCAUGAUUCCUCCCACUGGUCCCUUUGGAUCACUACAAGGGGCUUUUCAACCUAAGACUUCCAAUCCCAUUGAUGUUGCAGCUAGACCUGGAACUGUCCCACACACUCUGUUGCAGAAAGACCCAAGGUUGACAGAUCCUUUCAGGCCUAUGUUGAGGAAACCUGGAAAAUGGUGUGCCAUGCACGUGCAUAUUGCCUGGCAAAUAUACCAUCAUCAACAAAAGGUCAAAAAACAGAUGCAGACAGAUCCGCACAAGCUGGAUUUUGGCCUAAAGCCUGAGUUUUUGAGCAGGCCACCAGGUCCAAGCCUCUUUGGAGCUAUUCAUCACCAUCCGCACCACCAUGACUUGGCACGCCCUUCCACACUGUUCACUGCUGCCGGUGGAGCACACCCAGCUGGCGGACCUUUUGGUCCUCCACCUCAUCACAGUAAUUUUCUUAACCACUCUGCUCAUCUUGAACCAUUUAAUCGUCCACCAACAUUCACUGGUCUUGCUUCCGUGGGAGGAAAUGCCUUUGGGGGACUUGGCAAUCCCUCAGUUACAUCCAACUCAAUGUUUAGCCAUAAAGAAGGGCCAAAUCUUCAGGGUUUCAAUAAUCCUCACGAACCAUGGAAUCGACUUCAUCGAACGCCACCUUCGUUCCCAACACCUCCUCCCUGGCUUAAACCUGGAGAGCCUGAGCGCAGUUCUUCUGUUACAGCUCACGAUCGAGAUUCAGAGAAAAGAGAAUCGUCAUCCAAAGAUGAUAAAGAAAGGGAAAGCAAUGAGAAAAGGCACUCCAGUCAUCCUUCACCAGCACCUGUUAGUCAAGUUAAUUCAUUGGGACAUAAUCGCAGUUUAUCUGAACAAAGUAGAAACCACCUAAAUAAUGAGAUACGAGACAAAGAAAAGACCAAGGACCGUGAAAGGGAUCACUCUGAUUCAUGGAAAGAAGCUAACGUGGAAGAGCACAAAGCAAAAGAAAACCAUAUUUCUGAAAAGGAAAGCAUUGUACAUGAGAACAGAGCUGCAGAGGAAGCCAAGCAACUCUCAAGGGUGCCCUCCCCUUAUGUUAGGCCACCAGUGAUGGAAAGCACUAGACCUAAUAGCACUUCAAAUAGAGAUGAGAGAAAAAUUGAGACAUAUGACAGUCAAAAGAAAAGUAACGAUGUCAAAGUAAAAGAGGAAAGAAAGGAAGAUCAUGAUGUUUUAGUUUCUGAGGCACCAACUGUGCAUAGGUCCUCUGAACAACCUCCUCCAAUAUCUACAUCAAAUGUUCAUCCAAGCCAUUUAGGAUCCAUGCCAAUGGCUGUGGGCGUAACAGGGAUGCACCCAAUGAACAGUAUUGGCGGCUUAGACAGAACUCGUAUGAUGAAUCCUUUCAUGGGUAUAAGCCCAAUCCCAGGUGGUGAACGUUUCCCUUAUCCAUCAUUUCAUUGGGAUCCUAUGAGAGAUCCACUAAGAGACCAUUACAGAGGACUAGAUAUUCAUAGGCGUGACCCCCUUGGAAGAGAUUUUUUGUUGCGAAACGAUCCACUUCAUCGACUUGGCACGCCUAGAUUAUAUGAAACAGACAGAUCAUUUAGAGACAGGGAACCCCACGAUUACAACCAUCAUCACCACCAUCAUCUUUCUGUUGACCCACGUAGGGAACACAUAGAAAGAACAAGCCAGUUGGAAGAGAGGGAACGGUUACACAUGCUUCGAGAGGACUAUGAACAUGCCCGUUUACAUGCAGUUCAUCCAGCUGCAUUGGACGGCCACCUGCCUCACCCAAGUUUAAUUACGCCAGGACUUCCAAGCAUGCACUAUCCCAGGGUCAGUCCCACAGCUGGACAUCAAAAUGGACUUCUUAAUAAGGCUCCGCCAACAGCAGCACUAAGUGCCCCCCCUCCCCUAAUUUCUACUUUGGGAGGCCGACCAGGAUCUCCCAGGAGGACUACUCCAUUGGCCGCAGAGAUAAGAGACAGACCUCCUUCUCACACUUUGAAAGAUAUCGAAGCACGGUGAAUCUAAUAAAUGGAGCUUGAGGACAAUUAGCCUGAUUUAAAUCAGAGCAAGACUUGACAUACAAUCUUUGUACAAAUGUAAAGCCUCUAAAAGAGCAAUGAUUUUCACUUUUUGUAUAUUAUAUGUUGCAGAUUUCCAGAUCUUUUAGCCAAUUCAAAUGUUUGUCUUUGAUUGAUUUAUUUUACUAAUGUAAAGCAUUUGAUUGGGACUGAAGGAAAUAAUUCAUUAGACCUAUUUGGACUGUAUCAGACUUGUGAUAUGGAAAGAAAAUGUAAAUAUGUAUUUACAAUGA